CCCGAGAACCCGUCGGAUACAUCAAUAUACAAAUUGGCCUUGGAUUUCCUCAAACACAUUGUCACAGAUGGGUUUCUGGCGCCGCCGACAAGCCACCAACCCAUUCACUUGGUGGAUACUUUGCUAGAGACUUGGUCCGAUAACACGGGAUCGAAACAGCAUCAAGAAUUCCAGACGCGUCUGCUGGUCGAGCUUAUGAAUCACUUCGUAGCUGUCAAUAUCCUCGAUCAUCGAGCACUACAAGUUUCAUGUGGUGGUGAUCCUGUCAACUUACCACCAAACUUGGUGUAUUUGGCUACACGGAUUGUGGAUAAGCUGUGGCAAGUAAGUCAGUCAUCUGGUCUUUCACAUACUCCUAUGUGUUGCCGUCGUCUGUCAAUCGGUUCCUGA